UACGCCAAACGUUAGGCGGGCCCUGCAGGCAAACGAAUCAGCCAAUGGGUAGUCACAACUGCUGGAGUGGUGCCCUAGACACGUGGUGGUUCCUCACCCAGCCACCACGCUCCUGCUAUGAUUAUCGCUUCUGUCCUCCGGAGACGAGAGAGAGAGAGAGAGAUAGAGAGAGAAAGGAAAGAGAGACAGACAGACAGAGAUCAGGCAUCCGAGGGAGAGAGGAGGGGAACAUCGUACGAGGAGAGUGGAUGGACGCGGGAGAUGGAUGGCGCGUGGCAGGCGGUGAGACUGGUGCUCCGGAUAAGACGAUAAUCAACCAGAUAAUGCUCAGAUUCCGGCCGAUCGCUCCGAAACCGGCGGCUGGCGGCUCUUCCUCCGGUCCGACUUCGGCGGAUGGUAAAACCGUCCUUUCUGCAAGCAAGAGAGUAAAGAGGAAGUACAUUAGGGUCGCGAAGGACCCUAAGAAUAAUAACAGCGCAAGAAAAUUAAUCAACAGUAGAUCUUCCACAGAUGAUAAUCCGCCGGAUGUCGUCACUCUUCCACUGAUGCCGGAAAAAACAGACUCUCUAGGUUUUUCAGGUAGUGGAUCUUGGGGUAACAGGGAGAUUCCUACGUGGAAGAACCUAAACCAUAAGAUGAACAGGUCCGUCUGGAAGGAGGACAGCCGGUCCAGGAUAGAUCGUGCGGCGGUGGUGCCUCGUGUGACGACGGUGGAGUCGUGGGUGACGGUGGAAAGCGUGACAGACACGUGCAUGGAAGUACGAGGGUUAGGGUAUACGGACAUGGAGAAAAUGAAGAGUUUGGAUAAAGACACGUGUCCGGGGUUUAUAUCGGACGGUUCUAACAAAGUGCAGUGGGUGAACGAGGCGUACAAGAGGAUGGUGAGCUAUGUAGAGGGGCAGUUGCCGCCGGCGGAGGUUGUGGUGUGGCUGGAUACGAAGGAGAGCCUGCCGUAUGCUCACCCGAUGUUCAGUUGCCGGGUGAGGCUCCAGUACUCCACGUUGCAGAAGGAGAAGUGCUCGAAGACGGUGCCGUGCGAUGUGUGGAGGAUGGAGUGUGGGUUGGCUUGGAGGCUGGAUAUCACGGCGGCGCUUAGUUUGGGUCUUUAAGCUAGGAGAAGCAAAGCUUGAGGGAGCAGAAGGUGCUAAUAAAAAUCAGGUAGUAGGUAAAAGCUUUUGUUUCGAUCUAAAACCGUGGAAAGGGAAAGGAGGAGAGGAAGAGAAGUUCAAACAAAGCAACACGUGGUUGCUCUCAUUGAGCCACACCUAGCAUCUAUGUUGAUAUAGAUAUAGAUAAAGAUAUAUAUAAUUAAAGGAGCUGAUGGAAAUAUUAUCUUUUGUUGGCUGCUGUGUGUCAUACGUUCUCCUGUUGUGAGAUGUUUUCAAGAACCCCACGUAUAAUUAAGUAGUAUUUUUUUUAUAUAAGAAUCAAAUUCUUAUAAUUCGUCGAAUAUUUUGAGUCCAGCGUGGUUGAUAUAUUUCAAAUUUUUGUUUCAAUAUAGGGUAAAUAGUCAAAAUGAUCUCUGAGAUUUGUAUAACUCAUUACUUUGAUUCUUAACAUUUCAAAUCGAUAAAAGUGGUAUUUGAUAUUGUCCAUCAUCCAU